CGAACGAUGUGAAGAUAAUGAUUCAAUUAACUAUCGUAGUCUUCUCUCUAAAAUGUAGUAUAUAGCAUCUAGUUGUUGCCCUCGAUGUCUCUCCUCCACAACCUCACCACCAACCUCGUACCCAACUUCUUCACUUCCAUAGCCAAAAACUUAACAACCACCGCUGCAAAAAUGCCUCUCGUAGACGCCCUCAUUAUCGGCGCUGGCCCUGCCGGCUUGUCAGCGGCCCUUGCCCUCGCGCGCCAGCUUCACACCGCGAUAGUCUUCGACAGCUCGCUCUUCCGCAACGCGCGCUCGGCGCACAUGCACACCAUCCCGACAUGGGAUCACAAGGACCCCGCGGCCUUCAGGGGCGCAACGCGCGCCGAGAUCUUGGAGCGAUACAACACGAUCUCAUUUGAGGACUGUGAGGUCGCCAAGAUCGAGAAGACGGCCACAGGGGACUUCGCAGCUACGGCUGCUGACGGGACAGCAUUCACAGGCAGGAGAGUCUUGCUUGCCACUGGUGUCACGGAUCUGGCGCUUGGUAUCAAGGGUUACGAUGACUGCUGGGGUCGAUCUAUCUACCACUGCCUCUUCUGCCACGGCUAUGAAGAUGCUGGAAAGCCAUCCUCUGGUGUCCUUGCUCUCGGCGAGAACUCCGCCCCUGCGGUAGCCGCUGCCCUCGCCCGCAGUGCCAGGCAAAUCACCUCCAAAGUCGUCAUCUACACCUCCAACAACCCUACCGUAAAGUCCUCCGUCGAUGCCCUCCUCGGCCCCAAAGAUAGCGCCAUCACGACCGACGACCGAGAGGUCACCUCCUUCGCUCUCGGCGCUGAAGGCAACGGGAUCUCUAUCACCUUCGCAGAUGGAAGCACAGUCCAAGAGGCCUUCCUCGCGCACAAGCCGCCCACAAAGCUCAAUGGUCCGUUUGCGGAGCAGUUGGCAGUGGAGCUGGCGCCUGGAGGGGAUAUCAAGGUGGCGCCACCAUUUGGGGCCACGAGUGUCAAGGGGGUAUAUGCGGCGGGAGACUGUGCGACGCCGAUUAAGAGUGUCAUCCAGGCAAUGCAUAUGGGGACAUUCGCGGGGGUGGGGAUUGCGCAUGAUUUGCAGGCCGAGGGGCCGAAGUUGUAGUGCGACGACCGCCGAAGGAAGAUAUAACUUGGUCGUCCAUUGUAUAGGCCAUUGAGAGUGGUAAAUUGCGAUGAGUUCAUGGUGGAUAGUUCAGAGAACAAUACCUAGCACAUUCGUUCCCAUUAGAGAAAACACUUCGAUUCCACACCA